AUCACUUCGUCAUCUUGCGACUUCGUACGCACUCGCUCUGCUAGUUAUUGUGUCAGUUAAACCAAGACAAUGGCAGACAUAGCCAGCUCAUCAGGUGGACCUCAACAACAGCCAGAACCACAAAUGGAUGAGGAUCUCCUGAAAGCAGCCACAUGUGGCGAGUUGAGCUAUAUGGAAGGCUAUGCUCCUGGCAGACUUCGUGGAAUAACUCCAGCAGGGAAUACAUGCCUCCAUAUAUCCUGCAUUCAUGGCCACAUGGAAUUCUGCAGUUGUGUACUGGAACUAGACCCAUCUCUCCUCUCAAAGGUUAAUAACGAGGGUGAGACACCACUUGUCAUUGCCGUGGCACACGGUCAUGCCAACUUGGUUUAUCUUUUACUCGCACGCUGCAAAGAACUAGGAUUGAACAACAUAAUCUUGCACAAAGACAUCGAAAAAUGUAAUGCACUGCACCAUGCCAUCAGCAAUGGGCACAGGGAUCUUGCGCUAACGUUGGCAGCAGCAGAUCCUGCUCUCGCGCAGGCUGUGAACAAAUGCGAUGAGUCACCCAUGUUCAUCGCAGCGAUGAGAAACUUUACAGAUGUUUUUGGAAGACUGUUGGAAAACUCUUGGUCUUCUGAUGCAGGGAGUUUUCGACGCCAUGCUCUCCAUGCUGCAGCUAUCAAUGGGAAUCAAGAAAUCGCUGCAAGAAUUAUGCGUGUACGUCCUCACCUGGCAAAAGAAGCCGAUGUGAUUGAGGAUACCCCAAUAAGACUGGCUGUCUGUUAUAAUAAGGUUGGCGUGCUACAAGUACUUCUGAAGCAUGAUAUUUCAUUAGGGUAUGAAGUAAGCAACCAAGGCUUAACUCUCCUUGCUAGUGCUGCAACUCGAGGCAAUGUUGAUGUUGCGCGAGAGCUUCUUACCUAUUGUCCCGAUGCUCCUUAUCGCCACGUGCGCCAUAAGGAAUUGACAUGCCUUCAUACAGCUGUAUGUAACGGUCAUCCGGAGUUUGUUGAAUUUAUACUCAGGACACCACAACUCCGGAAACUCAUUAACAUGCGAGACAGCAGUGGAAGAACAGCUCUACACUAUGCAAUCGAGAAGUGCAAUCCAAAAACUGUUGCUGCUGUACUGGCUCACGAGGGUAUAGACACAACAAUACGUGACCUUAAUGGUAAAUCAGCAGCUUCACAAUUGGCAUGCAACACCGACCAUGACAAGAGUUUAGACUGGAUGGAAGUGCACGCACUUAUGUUGCAAGCUAAUCCCCAAGAUGAUGACAUAUGUUCUUAUCGUCUUCAUGAGGGAAUCGAGCAAAAUGAAACUAUUGAAUCGAAGGAUGAGACACAUACAAGUGCCACGGCUAACGUGAAGUCACUAACUCAAAAAUACACAAGCAACACAUCACUAGUGGCCAUCCUCCUUGCAACAAUCACCUUCACCGCAGCUUUCACUCUGCCAGGAGGAUACAGCAGUACUGCUGGAAGCGAGGGGCUUCCUAUCAUGUACAAAAAUACUGCAUUUCAAGUAUUCCUGGUCUCUGACACGUUAGCAAUGUGCUCUGCAUUUGUUGUGGCAUUUAUAUGCCUCAUGGGAAGGUGGGAGGAUGAUAGGUUCACGGAUUAUUACAUCACCGUCACUAAGAAGCUUACUUGGUUUGCAUACAUGGCAACACUUGCGGCCUUCGCAGCUGGUUUAUACACGGUACUAGCCCAUCAUCGCCAGUGGCUGGCCAUUGCGAUUUGUGCUCUGAUAGGGUUUUGCCCUUGUCUAACUUUGCUCAUAAGUAAAUGCCCUAUCUUAAAGCUCAAUUAUCGGAUCCGGAUUCAUCAAGCUUUGUGUGCCUGCAUAGUAGACCCUUUUGGCCGGGUGCGUCAAUGUUUCAGAUCCAAUCGGUGGCCUGGCAAGUUUAGGGUUCUUCAACGUUCCACCCCGGAGUCCGAGCUUCAUGCCGUGACAGUCUGACCCUGUCAAAUGGCUUUACGGUUCAGCUUUGUGAUGGUGUUGUUUCUCAAUUUAUGUUGUAACGAGCCUUGCUUGUCUACUCUUAUUGUAUUGUAAUUCGUCAGACAAAAACUAUUGAAAUGG